AACAAACACCAAGAGAGAGAUAGAGAGAGAGAGAGAGAGAGAGAAAGAGUGUGUGACCGCCAACUCCAAGAGAUAAACAAAAGAACAAUCCAAAGCCACAACCACGCCCUUCUCUAAAUCCCAAAUCCAUAAAACAAUGAGCAGCAGCAGCCACACCGACGCCGAGACGAUGGCCUCCCAAAUCCUCGACCAAAUCCGAUCCAUCUUCAUCCCCUCCUCCUCUUCCUCUUCCUCUUCCUUUCCACCGCCCAUCGACGUCCUCCUCUCCGAGAUCUCCCUCGCCGCCUCCUCCUCCUCCUCCUCGGCCCGGAUCUUCGUCCAUGGCGUCGGCCGUGAGGGCCUCAUGCUCCGCGCCCUCUGCAUGCGUCUCUACCACCUCGGCCUCUCCGCCCACCCAAUCGGCGACGUCACAACCCCUCCCGCCUCCCCCGGCGACCUCCUCAUCGCCUCCGCUGGCCCUGGCGGCUUCUCCACCGUCGAUGCCAUUUGCCACGUGGCCAGAUCCGCCGGAGCCCGAGUUGUUCUCAUCACUGCCAGGCCGGAAUCCGAGAGCGAGGCUCGCCGGUGCGCCGACGCCAUCGCGUAUCUCCCCGCGAGGACGAUGGCUGAUGAUGAAGAGAAGGAGGGUGGAUCCGGUGCUCCGCUGGCGGUGAGGUUACCGAUGGGUAGUUUAUACGAAGGGGCUUUGUUUGUGUUGUUUGAGAUGCUUGUGUUGAGGCUUGCUGAGGUUUUGGGCCAAAGCCCGGCCCAACUUCGCUCUCGCCACACCAAUCUUGAAUAGUUAUCUCUUUUGGAUUUUGGCCCAUGGGCCUAUUUGUAUUAUAAUGGUUUGGUUUGUGGUAUGUUAAAAGAUUUUAUUAUUAUUAUUAUUAUUAUUAUUAUUAUUAUUAUUAUUCGGAAUAUGAAAAUCCUGUUUGUGUA